GGAUUUCGAUCCGUGAACAGGUACGGAGUAUUAACUUUUCCUGCCAAUAAAACUUAAAAUUCCAUCUUUUCCGAUCUCAAUACGACAAUAACAAUCUAUCUCAAACCCAAAAUUUAUUACUUAACUAGACUUGAAAAAUACUCCGUACUCUAAUUUUUUUCAUCAGUUUCAUGGUUGAACAUUCUACAUUGAAUCAAACCCAGAUCACCCUCUCUCCCCAAUUUUUCCGAUUAAUUCUUAUUUUCUACCGACAUUCAAUCAAAAAAUUUAAUCUUUCUGAUUCAGCAAUCGCUUCUGGGUUCACCCAAGACAGGUGAUAGUUGAUCCAUAUUCGUUGUUUACACCAAUGAUAAUGAGGCUGUAGUAUUUGAGUGUGACGGUAAUUGGGUAUUUCGGCUUGAUGCUAUCUCUAGUUUUAGAGAGUUUUGUAGCUUAGGUGUGUGGACUAUGAGAACUGAGGUUUCGAGAUGGAUUAUAGGUUUGAUAUACAUUGUGGCGGUGGCCGGUAUUUGGAUUGCUGCUAGCUACGUGGUUCAAUCUGUUGUUGAUGAAGGAAUUUCGCCCUUCCUCAUCACAUACAUUUGUAAUUCAUUGUUUAUAGUCUAUAUCCCUCUUGUGGAAGCUUCAAGAUAUUUGGAAGGUUAUAAUGGGAGAUUUUGCUUUUGGCGGAAAAAAGUAGAAGUUGGCUUGCAAGAAUUAGCUCGUUCUGAGGAGGCUGUCCUUCUUGGGAAAAGUGAUUUAGAUGAGCCUACAAGUGGUUUAAAUCCCCAUUUAGGUAUUAGCCAAGAAGAAACUAAUCAAAGCUCUAUAGAAUCUGGUCCUGAGCCAAAUUUUGAAGAGGAAAAUGAUUUGCCUGGCCAAGUUAGAAUUGAUGAAGAUCUUGAUAAACAACUAGAUUCAAAGGGACGUUGGACACGCUCUAGGGUAGCAAGAGUCAGCCUAUUGAUCUGCCCAUUUUGGUUUUUGGCACAGCUUACCUUUAACCUUUCGCUGAAGUAUACGACAGUCACUUCAAAUACAAUCUUAAGCACGUCUUCUAGCCUUUUCACCUUUAUGCUCUCUCUGGCAUUCUUGGGCGAGAAGUUCACUUGGUUGAAGCUCAUGGGUGUACUUCUUUGCAUGGGAGGAACAAUUAUUGUCAGCUUGGGUGACAAGGAAGCAGGAAAGGGUGCAAUCAACUCGAAUCCUAUUCUUGGAGAUAUAUUGUCUCUUUCUUCAGCUGGUCUAUAUGCUGUAUAUAUAACACUCCUUCGUAAAAAGUUGCCUGAUGAUGAGAAAAGCGGUCAAGCUAGCAUGGCACAGUUUCUGGGGUAUCUGGGAUUUUUCAACAUGGUGAUUUUCCUACCUGUUGUGCUUGUAUUGCAUUUGGCUAAGGUGGAAUUUUUUACCACAUUUACCUGGAAGCAGUUUGGCUUGAUUAUAGGCAAAGGUUUGCUUGAUAAUGUUUUGAGUGACUACUUGUGGGCCAAAGCUGUUCUUUUGACGACAACAACAGUGGCAACGGCUGGUCUCACAAUUCAGGUACCUUUGGCAGCUUUGGUUGAUACACUGGUGGGCAACGCUCCCAAUGCAAUGGAUUACAUUGGAGCUGCAGCUGUCAUGGCUGGGUUUGCUGGCAUCAAUAUUCCUUCAGAUGUAUGUAGUCAGUCCGAGGAGGCUACCUUGGAGUUAGAAAACAGAACUCACCAUCAGAACCAUGUCCUAUCAGACACCACAGAAGAACUUUAGGUUUCUCUAAGGAUUACACUCGAUAUCUGCCAGAGUAUGCUGAACACCAUCCCGGGAAAUGGUUCUACCUCUCCAUCAGAGGCAGAUUUACGCUAGAUUUCAGCCAAUGCUUGGCCAUUAUUGAACAGUUUCAACUUCUACUCAGAGUCCAUUACACUUGUACACUAGAUAGCCUUGUAUCUAUUUUUUGUGGAUAUAGUUCAGUGACAUAUAGAUGCUACUAAGAAUUUUUAUCAAGAAAUUUUAUGAAAUGUAAAAAGAAAAAAAAAUAUAACUAAGCCAUUGCUGGUUGAUCUUCAAAUAAUUUACCUCGAAUGUACUUGAUUGGUUAUAUGUGUGGCACAAAAUUGGUCACUAUUCACUAUGAAUCUUCAAAAAUCAAAAUAUUAACAUUAGAAUGAUAUUUGGGAGUUGGCUAAGAUGGAUUUGCCCUAAAUCAAAAUUUCACCCAUUUGACAAAUUAGAAAGAACACAAUCCAACAUUUGGAAAAUUUUGAGUGAACAGUUGGUUGAACUGCA